AUGGUGGAUACAGGUGCUACCCACAACUAUGUUGCAUGUACCGAAGUAGAGCGGCUCGGACUUGUUUUAGAAAAGGGUAGUGAAAAAGUCAAAACAAUCAACUCUACUGCUCAACCAAUAGCUGGAGUGGCAAAAUCGAUGUUGAUCAAAGCAGAGGAGAUCGAAGAAGCAAAUGGUCCUAUCCCAAAACCCGUUAAAAGGCUUAUUCGAGAAUUUGAGGAUAUCAUGUUGGAAGAAUUACCAAAGAAAUUACCACCAAGAAGGACGGUUGAUCAUGAGAUUGAACUCAUUCCAGGUGCCAAACCUCCCGCCAGGGCACCAUACCGUAUGUCUCAGCCCGAGCUUGAAAAGCUUAGGAAGCAAUUGGGAGAAAUGCUGGAGAGUGGAAUCAUUGUGCCUGCGAAGUCGCCAUACGGAGCUCCUGUAUUGUUUCAGAAAAAGGCCGAUGGUUCUCUUAGAAUGUGCUGCGACUAUCGAGCCUUGAACAAGAUCACUGUAAAGAAUAGCUAUCCUAUCUCACUGAAUGAACUUUAUGCUAAGCCGUCUAUAUGCUCAUUUGCUCAGACAUCUAUCAGUUUCUUGAAUCACAUCAUUGAACAAGGCAACUCAGAAAUUGUACUGCCACUUACUGAAUUGACAAAGAAGGAUAAGGAUUGGGAUUGGUUAUCCCAAUGCCAAGUUGCUUUUGAGAGGUUGAAGAAGUCCAUGUGGUCGAACCCGAUUUUAGCCUUACCGGAUAUGGCUAAACCAUUCGAAGUUCAUACAGAUGCUUCAGAUUUUGCCCUUGGUGGAGUCCUCAUGCAAGGACAUCCGAUAGCAUAUGAGAGCCGGAAGUUAAACCAGACAGAACGUCGUUACUCAGCACAUGAAAAGGAAUUUCGACGGGCAGAUUUAGCUACCAUCUGCUCUAUAGCUGCUCUUUCAGGGAGCGCAGUCUCCACAAACACUAGAGACCAAAUUCGAGCACUUUUGGAGAAGGAUCCGGCUACCCAAUAUUUGGUCGACCUUAUCAAGCAGGGUAAAACUCGACAGUUUUGGCUCGAUAGGGAACUAGUGAAGACAAAGGCAGACCGCCUAUAUGUUCCUAAGGGCGAAGAUCUGAGGAAAUCACUAAUUACGGAAUGCCACGACACAAUUUGGGCAGGACAUCCCGGAGAGGAACGCACUUGUGCACUACUACAACGUGCAUACUACUGGCCUCAAAUGCGGGACGACAUU